AUGAAGUCCACCUUUACCCUCGCAACCCUGGCUGCCUCCCUGGCUCUCAUCACCCCAGCCACUGCCACCUGCGACCCCAGCACGCUCAAUACAACCACCUACUACUACCCCAUCACCGAAGCUAACACAACCGUCUUCGACGUCGCGCGCAUCACAAAGCGCGGCGUCUGCGACAUCGGCCGCCAAAACCUUAUGGCAGACGUCACUAUCCCCCCCCACGUCGGCGAGAUCUUUAUUAUUCCCGCCGAAGUAUGCGACCCCGACAAUACCUCCUGCCUGCUAUCCAGCAACGCGACCAACACCUGCAUCGUCGGCGGGCCGCGCCUGUACUACACUGUCAACGGGGAUACGUAUGAGAAAAUCGCGCAGCGACUCAAUAUUACCGUCGACGCGCUAAUGGGCGAUACGGGGGAGGGGACGACGGCGACGGACAAGUUGCCUGUUGGACAGUUUAUCAAGGUACCGCUUUGUGAGGAUACUACGUGUGUGAUUAAGCCAUAUAGCUUUACCUGGGGCGUGUAUAAGGAUUUAGCUGAGGAGUUUGGUACCACUGUCGGCCAGAUUAUGAUGUUGAGCGCGACGUAUAACUACAGUAGCUUGGCUUUCAGUGCUGGGGGGACGUUUCCCCCGAUUAAUAUCUUGAUGAACUGCACGCAGCCGGGGAAGAAUGUUACUGUGUUGGACUGA